GGGAAGGUGAUGGGGAGCGGGCAUCCUCACUCUCCGCGCCGCACCGCAAGAGUUGCACGGCUCGAGCCGACCCGACCUGUACUCUAUAAAAGGAGCCCUUCUGAUCCGCGGCUCACAGGCUCUUUCCAGGCUGGCGCACGCCUCUGCCCUUCCGCUCCAGCAGAAUACUGCCCCUUCCCCGGCGUUCUGCGCUAGGUACCCCAGACCAGUGCGCUCAGCUGCUUGACUCGGAGCGGUGCCCGUGAGUCCGAGGUGGCCGCGGCCGUAACGCGGUAGGAGCAGCUGCAGCCCCAGCCCUGGAGUUCUCCUUGGUGUGGCCCAGUCUCCGCGGGGCAGCUCGUCGGAGUGGCCGGCGCGUGAAAAGAAGGGAGGGCAGAGCUCCGGCGAGAGGCGCGGCAGAGCGCAGCUCCCAGACUUCACCCCACCCAACUCUGGCAGCCGCAGUCGCCGCAGGAAACUGCCACAGCCUCGGGAGGGGGGGGCGGGAAUGCGAGACCAGGACUCCUCGCUGGCCUGCACGCUUUGGUCUCAACAGCUAAGAAACUCCUGCUGAUCAAGGAGCGCCCAGGUUAGGAGACGCUCAGUCCCGAGCAAUUUGGGUAAGAGACCACACCUGGCUAAUGCUCCCUCCUCAAACAAUACAACACCCUCCUCUACUAGACGCCCCUGUAGAAGCCGGAGCCGAGCGGGGCUCGGUGGGCCAGUCCUUAGCAAGACCGGGAGUGGAGAGGAGCAGCCAGAGACGCGGCAGCAGCGCAAAGCGCACUGGAAGUGAAGGUGACGCGCUCCCCUGCCUCGGCUGCCGCGCCCUUGACCUCUAGUUGCAAGGAGGAAACGAGGGUAGAGGAGUAAUUGAGGAACCCACGGAACUAACUGGCAACCAGGGGGCAAGACUGUGGUCUCUUCCGCGGCCCUCCCGCUCUCUCCCUUGUCCGUUCCAUGCCCGAGAGUUGCGCUUUGGAGCUGGGGCGAGGAGAGACAUGGAGGAACCCCGCGCUCAGUGCAUCCCGCUGCCGACUGCGGGCUCCCAGACUGGGGUUUCUCAGGCUAACCUCUCCAGUCGUCUCUCCCACAACUGCAUUAAUGUCACUCCCACAACUGACGAGGUCUACAUUUACCAGGACUCCAUCGCCCUGCCCUGGAAAGUACUCCUAGUCAUGCUGCUGGCGCUCAUCACCUUGGCCACCACGCUCUCCAAUGCGUUUGUGAUCGCUACGGUGUACCGGACGCGGAAGCUUCGUACCCCAGCCAACUACCUGAUCGCCUCCCUGGCAGUCACCGACCUUCUCGUAUCCAUCCUGGUGAUGCCCAUCAGCACCAUGUAUGCGGUCACUGGCCGCUGGACCUUGGGCCCGGUGGUCUGCGACUUGUGGCUGUCUUCGGACAUCACCUGUUGCACUGCUUCCAUUCUGCACCUGUGUGUCAUCGCGCUGGACCGCUACUGGGCCAUUACGGAUGCCGUGGAGUACUCGGCUAAAAGGACUCCCAAGAGGGCGGCGGUCAUGAUCGUGCUGGUGUGGGUUUUCUCCAUCUCCAUCUCGCUGCCACCCUUCUUCUGGCGUCAGGACAAAGCCAAGCCAGACUGUGUGGUGAACACCGACCACAUCCUCUACACCGUCUACUCCACGGUGGGCGCUUUCUACUUCCCCACCCUGCUCCUCAUCGCCCUCUAUGGCCGCAUCUAUGUGGAAGCCCGCUCCCGGAUUUUGAAACAGACUCCCAACAAGACUGGCAAGCGUUUGACCCGAGCCCAGCUGAUAACCGAUUCCCCUGGGUCCACGUCUUCGGUCACCUCCAUUAACUCGCGAGCUCCCGAUUUGCCCAGCGAAUCGGGGUCUCCUGUGUACGUGAACCAAGUCAAAGUGCGGGUCUCCGAUGCCCUGCUGGAGAAGAAGAAGCUUAUGGCCGCUAGAGAGCGCAAAGCCACCAAGACCCUGGGGAUCAUUUUGGGAGCCUUUAUUGUGUGUUGGCUGCCCUUCUUCAUCAUAUCCCUGGUGAUACCUAUCUGCCAGAAAGCCUGCUGGUUCCACCUGGCCAUCUUUGACUUCUUCACGUGGCUGGGCUAUCUCAACUCCCUCAUCAACCCCAUUAUCUAUACCAUGUCCAACGAGGACUUCAAACAAGCGUUCCAUAAACUGAUACGCUUUAAGUGCACAAGUUGACUUGUCAAUUGCAGUGGGGUCGCCUAAGCGGCCUUUGGGGACCAUGUUGUGUCUGGUUCCACAGAGAACUCAUUUUGAAGACUAACUGGAAGAGAGGUCUGAGGGG